UCGAAAACGAAAGUUGGAAGUGCUAAACAUGGCAUCUCCUCCAAAGAAAAAGAGGAAAGCAGACUUGACAGCCCUUUCACAAUCAGAUGAUGAUGAGGUGACUGAUGCCCUUUCACAAGAGCUUGGCCAUGCUGAACAGUCUGUUUCUACACCGGUGGAAAUUUUCAAAAGUGGGGACAAAAAUGAGGAUUCUGCUGCUAACGGUGUUGAGAAUGACAGACAUAAGGGACAAGACCGUGAAGAUGACCCUGGUCAGACCAAUCCUUCCGGUGACUCAGAGGAUAAGAUUUACAGACGUAAGGCACAAGACCGUGAAGAUGACCCUGGUCAGAUCAAUCCUUCCAGUGACUCAGAGGAUAAGUGGAAAAGCAUUAAUGAAUGCUUUAAAAACAGGAAUAACUGCCCAUUUGAUGGAAGGCUUCGUCGGCUUGAAAAGAAAGAAGUGAAAAUGAUUAAGGCGUUUUGCACUGAUUAUGAGAUAAAGAAAGGACGGUUUGCAGAAUUUGAUGAUUUUGACAAUGAUUCAAAAAGCAGUGAAAAGCAAUGCGUCUCUGUUGUGUACUUUUCUGGUAAAGAUCUGCCGGGUUUGAAUGUGCGUGUAGCGUUGAAAAAGAUCACAAUGGGAGAUGUUUCCGACAGUUCUAAGGAAUACAUUAACUAUUCUUUUAAAAAUGAGGAAAUUGCAGCCCGUAUUCGCCAUUUUGCUGUUGCUCCUGUCUUUGCAAAAUAUGAAGACCCAAAUGGAAGGAAGCUUUACUUAUUGUCUGCGUUUAUGGACUAUGGGGACCUGCAAGACGUUUUAAAGGACCCCAUUCUAGACGACUUGAAGCAACGUCUUCGAAUCCUUUUUCAAAUUGCUUCAGCAAUACUGUUUUUGCACACCCCAGUAGCAAUUUAUAGGAAAGCAUUGCUACACUUGGAUAUAAAAUCUUCGAACAUAGGUUUGGAUGGAAACUUGAACGCAAGAUUGAUAGACUUUGGUCUCGCUCGGGAAAUUGAAGGCGAUGAAGGCAUCAAGUGCCCUGAAGACACAUUUGAUGUAAAAUACAUUGGGACUCCUGGAUAUUUUCCUACAAACCCUGUCAGACGUCUGACUAAGCAUUUGGAUUACUUCAGUUUAGGCGUUGUUAUGCGUGAAACAAUAACUGGAGCAAACCCUGGGGACCCAUGCACCAAGCACAAGUUUUGGCUAAGAAAUAAACAGACUCUCUGUGAAUGUUUGUGGGAACAAAUUAAGAGCAAAUGGAAGACAACGUCUGAUUCUAAAAGGGCUUCGUCUAUCGAAAAAAUAGCUAAAAAUUGCAUCUCGUCUUGGGCACCUGAAGGAAAGGAAACAUUUAAAUUUGAGAAAGAAUACGAUACUCUGGAGGAUUUGGUGCGUCACGAUGGUUAUAGGAAUACUGCAUCUGGUGUAAUGCCGAAUGAAUCAGACUCCGCUAUGUGUGAGAUGUGUUUGGUCAACAAAGCAUCAAAAGACAAUGAGGAUAUGGUAGAGCAUGAGCUGUCUUGUAAGACAAAUAUUAAGCUGUGCAUGCAGUGUGUCAAGAGCAAUUACCUGAAUCCAGUGAAGUGUCACUCAUGUAAUAAGUGCAAGCCUAAGAUUGGAGGGCAUAACACUGCAUGCAUAAGCAUCGCUGGGGAUGGCGCUGGGCAGAAAAUAUAUGAAAAAGAUGCAACAGACUUUUUGGAAAUCCUUUGUGGAAAAGCCCAUCAUACAGUUUGUGUGCGAAAGCUGAAGAAUAGCCAGAUAAAACCAAGUGCUGCGAAAUCCUCGAUGGCACAACUUGGGGCGGCAUUAGAUGAAGUCAAUGAAUCAUCUGGGAUUGACACUUUGAUUCUAUACUUCUCGGGACACGGAGACAAGGACAAAGGUCUGCAAUUAAACAAAGAACUGAAAGAGUACAUGUGCAUUCAGCAUUUAAGUGAUAUGCUGAAGAAGAUGCUAAAGAAAAAGCAACUGAGGAAAAUCUAUAUAUUUUUUGACUGCUGCCACCCCCCUAUCUUAACUUUACCUUUUACUCCUCUCCCUACUGGGGUUCAAAUUAUACAAUACUGUUCCUCAAGACCCGACCAGGAGUCAUCUGCUGGGGAUGGAACGGACUAUAGCAUGUUCACUUCUUUUCUCUUAGGCGCAAUCCUAAGAAAACAUAAAUGUUUACUGACUGAGAAAUUGAAGAAUGAAGACUGUAAACUAUGUAUCAAAUAUUGGCAAAAAUGUGAGAAGAAAGAUUACCUGAAAAUCGAUAAGAUUUUUGCAAAUGUACGGAAGCACAUGAAAAAAAUGGGAAACCAACAGCCAACUGGGUGCAUUGUGCCAUAUGCUACCAAUGAAGAAAUCUUUUCAUUCAGUAGCAAAAGUACUGUCAGUAUGCAGCUGAAGAUUGUCCGUGAGAACCUCAAUGAGAAUCUUGUCCAUGUCGACCUGAACUUUUUCGCAACUCUAGACAGCAUCAGGACUGACGUGUUUAGGAAAUGGCUUAGCAGUGACUGGGAAAACGCCUAUGCUGGGUAUGCGGAUGUUCUGAGCGUAAAGAACGGAACAUUGCCAUCAGACCUUACAAAUACAAACGAUCUACUCCACGUAUGGAACUCCAAACAACUGCUUGACGUUACGCUACGGUCGUAUACAGGACUGCGGACUGGCAGAGUCGGGCUGUUUCCCAGGACUUCGAAAUUCGGUGGUGUUACUUGUGUCACCGGGAAAAAGCUUAAAGACAUAGUGGACAAUGCUCAAAAAAUAAAGUCAGACUUACAUAACAAUUUGGAGAAGAUCAAACAAAGCAUACACCAAGCUCAGAAUUCCGGAAUAUACAUUGGACUUGUACGUGACCUUGUUUCUUUGUUUGAUGUAGAACUUGGCAAGUUUGAAAAGUCACUCCGUGUGCUGUCGUCUUUUCGCAUUAUCGAGGACGAUGACAAUAAAAGACAUAUCCUAAUAAUGAAUGGUGAGGAUUUUUGCUCACAUCCUUUCAUUUUUGGCAGCGAUGGUGGAGCCUCCGUCCUUGUUGAUAUUGCUCGACACCUGAGGUGUACCGAGAUACCGAGCAAUUUCGACAUCGUGUUGUAUAUUCCGAAAGCGAAUAUUGACUUUGUUUGCCUGGAGUUGGUCCGUAAAGAUACGAUGGUCAAACAGGAUUACGUCUUCUAUGGUGACAUGUCGAAAAUAUGCCGGGCCUACGCUAUGCAUAGAGAAUUCUGAAAAGGAAAAUGCAACACGGAAGCAUCCUCGAUAUAAGUGUUGCAUUUUGUUGUGACUGACUUAAUAACAUUACGUUCAAAUUACCAUGUCAUCGGCAGGAGUGAGGUCAAAGCUCAAUAUCGAAUUGAGCGUGUAAUGCAACAUUACAGCGGAGUACGUUUUUGCGUUAGAAAUAUUUUGCUUGUCAGUUUCUCGAAGACAAAAGUUGAGACCAUGCAAUUUAACAGUAGAGUAACGACAGCGCAAUCAUGUGUCACAAGUGAAUUUGCUCAGACUGAAUUUGGUGUUUGUCGAGGUCUGCUCUUUGAUCGAUUGAGGAAAUUGUUUGGUGUCGAAGAAUAAAUGUUGAAGUUUG